ACCCGUUCCAUCGAGCCCUCAUUCGGCCUGCUCUUCGGCGAUUUGCUGCGCGAUCUCGAUGUCGGCACCACCGGCGCUGCGGUUAUUAUGAGCACACUCGAUGUGUGCAUGAAUUUCUCAGGGCUCUUUGUCGGACCGCUACUCAAGGAGUUUUCGUACCGAAAGGUGGCUGUCGCCGGCUCAUUAUUAUGCGGCAUAGGCUUGGCGGCCACCUCACCCGCAGCCAGCAUGACACACAUACUCAGUACGUACAGUGUGAUCAACGGCAUUGGCGUCGGUCUUUCAACAUCUGCCGCCUUUGUCGCGCUUAAUCACUACUUCAAGAACAAACGCGGACAAGCUGUUGGAUUAUCCAUGGCUGGCACAGCCUUGGGUAUGCUGAUAAUGCCACAACUGGUACGUGUUCUGCUCGAGGCGUUCGGUUUUCGUGGUGCUGUGCUAAUGUUGGCCGGUGUCGCGUUAAAUUCCACAGUCGGUGCUGUGCUCUUGCAGCCCGCCAAGUGGCAUAUGAUCGAUGAAGUGAUCGAUGAGGAAAUGAUGACGAUGCCGGUGUCGCCACCCACACCGGAUGUUAAAGUCAUACGGGAGGAUGGCAACGAAGAGGACGCGUUACCUGAGCUAAAUACGUUACUCUUUUCCAAGCAGCAAUAUAUGCGCAAGAAUUACUCUGAAAUAGCGAUGAACACAAUGAAUGGCACGCGCACAGGCAUGCCAAAGCGUCCCACGUUUCCGCGCAUAAUGUCGCUAGCCGGCGUGCAAUCGGCGGUGAAUACUAGCCAGUCUAACUCCGAUGUGAAUACGACGCUACGCAAUCGCAAACAUUCGGUUACAUCGAAUCUGUCGUACAUGGACUUCACCGGUUCCAUACUGCAGGUGCACAUGAAUGUAGGCGAUGAAGAGUUUGAGCGCAAUGAUCGCGAGUUGAAGCGUGUCAACACUGCGACGGGUGGCAUGGCGAAUGCGCAUCGCGAUUCAUUCAUUAAAAUGCGCCCUGCAGAGACUGAUCAAUAUGAAGAGUCACCGGAGAAGGAGAUGGAGAAGAAACCCGGCUUCUGGCGACGUUUCGCUGAUCUCAUGGAUGUUGAUUUAUUGCGUGAUAAAAUAUUUCUAAACAUACUUUUCGGACUGUCCAUCUUCUACGUCGGCGAGAUGAAUUUCAAAAUGGUUACGCCAUUCUUCUUUGCCAAUCUUGGCUACAAUAAAACAGAUGUUGCCUUCUGCCUAUCCAUAACGGCCAUCACAGAUAUUUUAGCGCGUAUAAUACUCCCGCCCAUAUUCGAUCGUACUACCAUCAAGAAGCGUACUGUGUUCUUGGUAUCCAUCAUCUUUGUGGGCAUCACUCGUUCGAUUAUGGCUGAGCAAACCGGGUGGACACAACUGAUGGUUUGGCUAUCGAUAUGUGGUUUCUUCCGUGGCUCCGCCUUGGCCAAUUUCACACUAACCGUCUCCGAGUACUGUUCGCUGGAGAAAUUACCCUCGGCUUUCGGUUGGCACUUGGUUGGCAAAGCCGUAUUUGUCAUCUGUCUGGGGCCGCUGAUCGGUCUUAUACGUGACGUCACAACCAGUUACCCCAUUUGUAUACACGCACAAACAGUUUGUAUAUUCCUUUGUGUUAUCGCCUGGACGAUCGAGUAUGCGAUCACAUAUUUGAAAGAGAAGAAGCAAACGACGGCAGAGGGUGGCAUUAAUGCCACAAUUGGACCAGAAACUAUUAUCAAACACUAACACGUGCUUAAUACGAGUAUCACAGGAUAGUUAAGAAAUACAUACAUACAUAUUUUUAUAAAAAUAUUUCAGUGAAACUUAUACAAAACUACAUACUUGUAUGAGGAAUACAAGCAUGCAGAUACGCGCAAAGGCAUUUAUGUAUGUACAUCUGGUAAAUGUUCGUUUAUGCAACGGAAAAAAUAGUUAUGUAGUUAA